AUUCGCGCGACCACGUCUUCCCACGCGACGUGAGCCUCCGAGCGCCCCCCCCCCCCCCCCCCCGCGGCGAUCCGCGCCUCCUCCGCUCGGCGCCGCGAAGCACCAGGGCCGGAGGCGCCUCCGGCCCUAGAUCGGGAGCCAGGUGCCGCCUCCACCUCCUCCACCAGCCGCCGGUCACUCCGCCUGUCCCUCCGGGUGAGCUCGCCGUGGAGCUGAGAGGUUGCCUCCGGCUGCCGUGGUUACGUGGCGUCGCCCGUGAGGACCGAGAACUCCUCCUCGCCCUUGUCGCCUCCCUGGAGAUCCAUCGGGACCGAGUUCCGUUGUAGAUUCUCAGAUCGAGCAUGUACUAAACUGAUAAUGGAAAAGCUCAAAAGUUUGCUGAUUUUUGUGCUUGAAAUAUCCAAACCUGCCACAGUGGAUGGGGGAAUUUGUGAAGCUGCCAUAACAAGUGUGUUUGGCUAUUGAUUCCACUAAAUUGAAGUGUGGUCUUAUUUCGUCGAAAAGUUUUCAAAGACAACUGCUUAUCAUGCAGCAUGGGUGUUGGUAAUGAGAUAAUCUGCAUGGUUGGGUGAUAGAAGGACUUCUUACGGAUGAGAAGGGUUUAAAGCACUGUUCUGAUGAACAUCCUACUAGACCUUAAGCAUCUCAAGCUCAUUAGCUUGCCCGCAAGGCCUGUUAUUUGCAAAGGCCUUCUGAUAGUGAUUGCUUUUAUUGUAUUGAGAACAAUUGUAUCUCCUUUUCUUGCCAUAAACUCGUCUCAGAAAGAAGAAUUUUACGAGUCAACAGUCCCUGACUUGCUUCCUGGAGUUAGGCGAGACAAGUUUGUUGAGGUCCCACAGAUUAUAUGGGGAUUGAACAACCAGAAGAUUGCAUUUGCCAGAGCAUGCUUGACUGCGAGAUUUCUAAAUAGAUCUCUUCUCAUGCCGAGUCUGAGCGCCUCGCUCUUCUACAAAGAGGUUGACUUGCUGCGGCCUAUCAGUUUUGACAAGGUAUUUGACUUUAAGAAGUUCAAUGCACGUUGUCAUGGCUUUGUAAGGUUAGCCCGGUAUUCAGAAGUUUCAAAUCGAACUGAGCCUUUCAAACUCCAAAAGGGGAGUGGUAGAAGGUGGACAGUGGAGAGAGACUUGGAUCAACUACAGCAAUCCAGAGGGGGUAAGGUAGAUGACUUUGAAGUCAUUGAAAUCAUCGGGAAACAUCCAUUUCUGUGGCCUGACCACUGGCCAGUCAAAGAUUAUGCCAGGAUCUUUGAUUGCCUUGUCUUAGCUCCUGAGAUAGAAACUGAAGUGGUUAAGGUCAUAUCCAAGAUUAGAGAGGCAGACCAAAAGGCAAGACAUGAAGCUGGCAUUUCUCAUAGUAAGCAUAGGAGAGAUGGCUCAACGAAUUUGCCUGUGCCGUAUAUUGCUGUUCACAUGAGAAUAGAAAAAGAUUGGAUGAUACAUUGCAAGAAGUGGGAGCAGCGGUCCAACUCAAAAGAAAUCUGCAGUAGUAAAGAAGAGAUCAUUCAUAAGGUCUCACAGAUCACUGAUCUACGUCGGCCAGUUGUAGUUUAUCUUGCAGUAGCUGACAGCCUUCUUGAAGAUGAUUCAAUAACCAGUGGGUGGAGAGUAGGUAUGGUUGCUUAUGAGAAGAAGAAACUUGGAGUUACUGACAUCUAUGAUAGGCAACCAUAUCUUAUAAAGUCUGCCAUUGACUUUGAGGUCUGCUCGAGAGCAGAUGUGUUUGUUGGCAAUAGCUUCUCAACAUUCUCCAAUCUUGUAGUGCUGUCCCGAACAGAAAGGUUAUAUAACCUGGGAAAGGUGAGCUCAUGCGGCGAGAACGUUGGGCUUUCAUCUUAUGCAUACAAUGUCAUUGGAGAUGAUGGUGGGCCACAGAGAUGGAUGACAGAUAUGUCAGAUACAAGCCUUCAAAGGUUAAGUUAUGGAACGAAUAAUGUUUCAUGCCACUGACUCGCAAUAACACUUGACUGAACCUGAUCAUACACGGGAGAACUUGGCCGAGUUUCAUUUUUAUCUACAAACGGAACAAGUAUGUGCAGCUAAUCUAUGGUGCUUCCAUGUUCGAAGCCGGAAACAAUGCGUCAGUCUUGUGAAAGACUUUGGCCAAGAAUUGCUUGUACACUUGUGAGUGUCUAUAAAAGUUCUGAAAGCAUUAACAUGUAUUGAACAGUGUCAGUCUUUAGUUUGUAAAGCUAAAUGCUGUGUGAUGGUUUGUUCAUCUGGGACCUUCUUUUAGUUUUUAUGGUUUCAGAAGCAGAUUUACAGUGUUGAGAAUUUGACUC